AAUGAGGCACUGUUUACAUGAUGGCGCUCACACUUGAACAUUGUUGACGUCGGUAGAAUGAUUUGACAUCACUUGAAAAGCAUUCAUGACACAAAAUGGUUUCCGAGAUUCCAAAGUACCAGCGGUUUAGAGAUCCAUUUGCUGAAGACCCGGUACCAAAAGCAUUUUAUCACCCAACUCUACAAAGAGACCUGUCACAGGCACAGAAACAGACUGCGCUGAGUCCAGUUCGUGGAACAAGCAAGGGAGAUAACGAAAGGACAAAGUUGACGGUUCCUGACAAGCAGUUCCUUAAAGGGGCCAAUACACUUUCUAGUGAGACCCCCCCGAAACUAGGUCAGGAAGCUUCACCGAAUUUUGACGAGUCGUGGCCGAGCACUGAACACCAGUCUACUGUAAGCAUGUUUGGCAUUGAUGAGCGUAGUCCACCGACGACAGAUUUGUCCCAGAAAUACUCUUCCUAUGUCGAUCGAUUUGCUGAUCUCAAGCAGACCUUACAGUUUUCUGAAAACGAUGGUACCUUACUCAGUGGCAAACACGCUGCAAGGGGAAAACAGCCCACGACUGAAGACGGUGGUCCGCCAACAACAUCGGUGCUUGGCCGGUACAUUGACAGAUUUAGACGAGGUGACGCAAUGAGUCGGGAAGAACGCCAGAAAAUGUCUGACCCCAGGGACUUUUGGUGGCUGGAUCAGGGGGGCAGGGAGAAAGGGUCGCCGUCGGAUAGCUCCACUCCUCGAGAGGAUAGUAGCCACGUGCUAAAGGCGAAAACACACCGGCUGACUGAGGAGUCACUAGCCAGUCUGUCACAAUCCCACCAAAGCCGAUAUUCGGGUUUACGUAAGCCACAGCUUGUUCCAGCGUCUCCCUCCGAGGAGCGCACGAGGAAACUCCAGGAAAAAGCCGACAGGUUUCUAGAGAAAAGUGUGAGUAGUCUAGCCACCACCGAUCAGGACUUUGAGGUUAGUACCGAGGGACUCGGAAGUUCUGUAGGGGAGACAACCCAAAUCAGCUUGGAAGAGCAGCCAUAUCGCCCUAAAUUUGUAAAGGAUUUAAGCAAAGAAAAUGUUCCACGGUUUAACCUUGGAGUACCGAUUUCCAUGGUCACCAAGCCAACAUGUCGGGAGGAAGACAUCUUGUAUCAGUGGCGAAUUAAACGUAAAAUGGAGCAAGCAAGGGAGAGAACUACCAACGUAAAAGAUGUACCAACUCCGAGUCCUUUUGUGCCAAAAUUACAGCCAAUGGGUGAUGUUGAAAAAAAGUUGGAAGAGUUUAAGCAGAGGUUGUCCGAGGGGAAACUUGGAGUACCUGUAACCCCUCAGAUGUCCAAUGGACUAGUCAGCUUUACCCCAGCUCCACACAUGUCUCGACCAGCGGAUGGAAAGGAAGACACAGGUACAUCUAGAGGCUCCCAAGGGAAAACGGACCAAGGUGCUGUCAAAGAUGACCCCUACGUGUCAGGGAGGUAUCCCUCCAUCGCAAGCCCCACCCUCAAAAGGAAGGGCAAAAGAGACGAAGAUGUGGAGCCUCAUCUUCACCUGAUGUGUGACUUACUACCCUGUCCCCACCAAUCAGAGUUCUCCAAACAAUACGGAAAAGUGCCAGUAAAUGUUGACUCCUCGGAAAAUGUGAACGAGUCGGAAAGUGAAACUUAUAAAUAUCUGGAGGCCGAACGACCAGACAUUGAAAAGUCUAUUUGUGAUCAGGAGCAUGACCCAAGUGAUGAUGAUUCAGGUCACACAGACUCGGGGGUCAGAGGUCAGGUCACAGAGGUGAAACGGAGGAUAAACUAUGAUCAGGAAGAUGAUUAUGGAGGUUUCGAAAAUGUUCAAAAGAAGGGUUCCAAAAAUAAUGUCAGAACACCCAGAGAAGAAAUCGGUUCAAAAAGUGACAGUGAUUCAGUACCAGGUUUUGUCAAAGUGUCACAACAACAGAAUAAACGCACACCUAGACAGGAAAACGAGGAGGAGUUAUCGUCGAGUAGAGACAAUGUACAACAUCACCAAAGGAAGGAGAGAAGAGGAGAAAGAAAGGUGGAUAGAGAGAUGGAGGAGGAAUCACAGCGGGAAGGAAGGAAGGAGAGAAAGGAGGCAGUGAGGGUUCCUGUGCCCCGACAGUCACAGAGCCCCGGGCCCCGGGCAGGAGUGAAAAAAGUCCCACAUGUACAGUCAGCAAUAGGACAGGUGAUCAAGGAUCGACUUUUUGAUCUGUCAACUAGCUCUGUCAUAUCAAGUGUCGACAGCCUGCCCACAUUUGUGUCGCCGUCAGCAUCACUGGACCAUACCUUGUCCGAAUCUCUGUCCCAGCCACCGCAGGGCCGGAUUUCACAGUCCCGGGAGUCUGUCCCACACCACACUGAGCCUCGGCCACGCCGACGUGUCAGCCAAGAAGAAGAAGAAGAGUCCGAUGGUGAAUUCCCAGAUGACCAGUUGCUGACCAUGUUACGACGCCAAAGGGCACAAUAUGAGGAACAACUUCGGAUGAUCGAUGAAAAGCUAGCAACCACAACAAGAAAUGGAAAUGAAGACUCGGGGAGAUGACAGGACCUAACAGGAACAACUAUUAGUGCUACCAUGUGAUAUAGAAUUGUGAUAUCUGCCAUAUAGGAACAUUGAUAUGACCAGCAGAGAUACUACGCCAAGGUUGUCUGUGUUGGCAGUAUAAAAAAAAUGUCAUCUGUCAUCAAGACACUGACACCGGUGUUGGCAAUUGUGUUUAAACUGGAUUUCAUUUAGACCCUGCACAAUAAUGUAAAAUUCUGCAGUGUAAUUAGACUUUUGUCAUUGUCUGUCAUCCAAAGUUUUAUGAGCAGGAAAGAAGAUUUCCUUCCCAAUGGUGGUUGGUUAGACGGACCUUAAGGUUUUACAGUGCUUUGUUAAAACACUUGUAUCUACAUGUAUUUAUAUAUUUAAAUGAUGAUAAAAUUAAA